AUGAUCCUAUUGUCUAUUGUCGAUAUUGUCGCUAUACACGGCCUGCAAGGUCACAGGGAGAAGUCGUGGAUGACGGACGACGGAGUUUGUUGGCUACGACACCUUUUGCCCUCCGACUUGCCCAAUGUCCGAAUCCUCAGCUAUGGAUAUGAUGCCGACACCCGCAGUCGAGAGUGCGUAUCGACUCAGACUUUGGGUCGACAUGCUGAUGGGUUCGCCUAUGCACUCUCGAGGGAACGAAAAGACGCUCCUCGGCGUCCUAUUAUUUUCGUUGCACACGACGUAGGAGGUAUAGUUCUCAAAUCGGCCUUGGUCAUCUGUCAUAACCAGAAUCUGGAUUCGGAUUGUCAACUUCGGAACAUUCUAGUAUCCACACAUGGAAUUCUUUUCUUCGGGACUCCUCACUUCGGCCUUGAAGGCACCACCUACCAUGAAGUGCUCAAUCGCUUGGCGUCGGUGUACAUGGAGACGACAAACAUAAUCCUCAAAGAUCUAGAGGAUUAUUCGAGUGAACUCGAGCAUAUACAGCGUCUGUACGCGUCUGCAAGUGAGAAGAUCAGCAGCAUAUUUUUCUGUGAAGAGUAUGCAACGUCGGGCAUCAGUAAUCUAAGCGAAGUGAAUGUCCCACAUCACAAGGCCAUUAUCGCUGGCGACCGCAACGCGACGACAAUUGUUCUUCACGCGAAUCACCGCAAUUUAGUCCGAUUUACAUCCAAAGGGAACGACAACUAUAGGACAGUUCGCUACCAUCUCGAAGCCUACGUCGACCACGGGCCGGAGGCUGUGUGCAAGGAAUGGGUCAGAGAGGACGAUUGCCGCAAUGCGGCCAAGGGAAAAUCUGCCCCUGAACCGGGCGUGAUGCCGAAACCUCGUCCAGUCCCGUCAAGGACCUACAUUGAACGAAAGAAUAUCGAAUAUCUCAUCACACAGAAGCUGCUACAGACAGGUCAGGGGAAACGUCAACCACGGUGCAUAUUAUAUGGACUCGGGGGGUCAGGAAAGACCCAGCUCGCGACGAAAUGGAUCCAGGAUCACGAACACAAUUUCAGUCGGGUGAUUUUCGUCGACGCUUCCAGCCAACAGCAUCUAGAGGCGGAUUUGGAGCGGUCCAUUCGCUCCUUAGGCCCGGAGUACGCUAAGAUGACGUGGAAUGACGCAGUUGCGUAUCUCGACGGCAAGGAGAAAGGUUGGCUACUAUUCUUUGACAACGCCGAUUCGGAAAAGCUCGAACUUCGUCCAUACCUCCCUGGUAGUGUUCACGGAACCAUUUUGAUUACCACAAGAAACGCUCACUGUAACAAAUACGCUCGGGAUGGUGCAGUCCAUGUCGGCGAUCUGGAGGACAACGAGGCCGUGAACCUUCUCCACACAAUUGCCAACGUCGCACCUGCGUCCGAUGUUGAAUCUCUCAAGAUUGUUCGGGAGCUGGGUAUGCUUGCGCUGGCAAUUACCCAAGCCGGAGCAUAUAUUGGCAACACUCGGCGCCUCGAUACGUAUCUGGACACAUUCCAUGAGCAUCGAGAUCAACUUCUACGUAGCAAGCCAGAAAUUGACGCGGAAUACGCGUUCUCGACAUACGCCGCCUUCGAUCUGUUCUUCAAAAACCUCCCAGAAAAUACACAGGAGCUCCUCAAACUGUGUGCAUCCCUCCACUACUCGCUGAUUCCAAUAGACCUAUUUAGGCGGUCAAUACAAUCCGAAUUUAGCGCAUACUCGGUCCGGAAUAGCCUUCCCCCUCCCGAGAGUGACCAGACUAUCAUUUCGAGGCUCAUAAAAAUUCCUGGGUCCACGUGGAAUGAGGUUGCAUUCCAGAGGAUUGUCGACCCAGCAUCGCAUGGGUCGUUUAUCAGUAUUUCAUCCGACGGCCUAUUCUACACGUUUCAUCCACUGUUUCAGAUGUAUCUCAAGGAUCGUCUUGGAGGAGAAGAGGGUCGAUGUUAUGCACGCAUGACCGCACAACUCCUCCUAGGUGCUAUCCGGCCCAUUAAAGAUAGCAAUGCGUGGUCUUGGCAACUGCUUCCUCAUGUCGACAGAAUUCCUCGAUCGGUACAAUUGGAGAGCGUGGCGCACGCAUUGGCGUUCCACGAACUUUAUAACUCUGUGGGGAACUGGAAGGCGUGUCAAGAGCUGUUGGAGCCUGCACUUACCCAGCUUGGUCAAAACGAAGGCCAGAGGAAUGAAGAUUCACUAUUUGUUAUCAGCCGACUAGCCGAUGCGCUGCAACGUGACGGUCAGUUGUCCAGAGCGGAAAAGAUGCAACGUGAUGUGCUUGCAUUACGGCUCGAGAUCCACGGAGAAUGGCAUCUAGAUACCAUCUCAGCAAUGAGCAACCUUGCAGAUACAUUAUCAAGGAGUGGUCAGUUGGACAAAGCCGAAACGAUGGCGCGAAAGGUACUCACAUUGCGGCUCGAGAUCCUUGGUCAACGGCACCCAGACACCAUCUCGGCAACCAGGAAUGUCGCUGCUACAUUAUACAGGCGUGGCCAGCUCGAAGAGGCUGAAAAGAUGGAGCGAGAAGUACUUACCCAACGGGUCGAGAUACUUGGAAAACGGCAUCCAGAUACCAUAUCAGCGAUGAAUAGCCUUGCCGCUACAUUACACAAGGGUGGUCAGUUGGAUGAGGCUGAAAAGCUGAUACGGGAGGUGCUUGCUUUGCGGCUCGAAAUCCUUGGAAAACGCCAUCCAGAUACUAUCGUGGCAGUAAACAACCUUGCUACAACUUUAUGGAAGUGUGGUCAGUGGGACGAGGCUGAAAAGAUGGAGCGAGAGGUACUCGCGUUGCAGACGGAGAUACUUGGACGACGGCAUCUUGACACUAUCUCGGCGUUGCAUAACCUUGCGGUCACAGUCCGCGAUCGCGGUCAGCUGGACGAGGCCGAAAAGAUGGAGCGAGAAGCACUUGCUUUGCGGCUCGAGAUCCUUGGAAGAAAAAAUAUCGAUACGAUUUCGACGAUGGGGAAUCUUGCCAUUACACUGUCCAACCGUGGCGAUUUACAUGAGGCCGAAACCUUGGAGCGAGAGGUGCUUGCUUUGCGGCUCGAGAUCCUUGGAAGAAGAAAUCUAGAUACUAUCUCGGCGAUGCGCAAUCUUGCCAUCACACUGUAUAACCGUGGUCAGCUGGACGAGGCUGAAAAGCUGGAGCGAGAUGUACUCGCACUGCGGCUCGAGAUACUUGGACAACAGCAUAAAGACACGAUAAUGGUCAUGAGGGACCUCGCUCUUACAUUGUAUAGGCGUAGUCAGAGGGACGGGGCCGAAAAGAUAGAGCAAGGGGUAAAAUCAUUGUUACCCAGAAUCCUUGGACGACGCAAGGCUCUCCGUGCCUUAUCCCAUUCUCUUUUUAUACUUCAGAAGUCUGGUCAGCUCGAGGAAUCCGCAAAUCUCCUACGAGAGGCCAUGAAGCUACGGCGCGAGGUCCCUGGUGAAGAAACUCCCAAUACCUCGGAGUUGGAAUCGCUUCUCGAGCUCGUUAUGGCGGAGAAAUCUCAUCAUGGCUCUCGUAGGAGACCUUUGACCAGAUACUUGCCUGUGCUAUUUUCAUGA